AUGAAUUUAGAUUCACCUCAGAAGAUUAAAAGUCCGACAUCAACUUUACAGAAAGAAGUGGAAAUACCAGUGUUACCUCCAUCCUGGCAAAAUAUCAAUACUCAAUCACCUAGAAAUAACCUACGCAGGGAAAUAUCUUAUGAAAAUUCCCAAUUAACAACACCUGAAGCAUUGACAUAUCAAAAAAACCUAAUCCAAAGCGAAAUACAAAAACUCCGUGAAGAAAUUAAACCACUUACUGACAAAUAUAGAUCUUUACAAAUUAAGGCUGAUGAAAAAAAUGGAUACAACAGUCAAAUUGUACACAACAAUGAAAUGUCAUCUCAAUUAGCUGAUCUUCAUGCUGAAUAUGACAAUCAAAAGGAAAGACUUGCCAAAUAUCGUAGGUUUUAUACCCAAGCUACGCAAAACAAAUUAGAAGCAGAAAUAAAACAACACUUGGAAGAAAUUGGUGAGUUUAAUCGCCAAAAUUCAUUAUUACAAGAGCAACUUAAUUCUACUCGGGAAAAACUUAAAUCAAUUCUUUCCAGUCCUCUUGCAGCAUCGAUUAAAGAGCAAGAGAAAGUUAUCCUUAAUCUUGCUGACGAAAGAGAUGAACUCAGGGAUAUAGAGGACCAAUUAAUCGCCAAACACACAGAAGAUGACAAUGAUGAAGAUACUUUUCAAAUGCUUCAUGCAAAAGUUGAAUCCCUAAAAAAGAAACUUUCGGCAUUAACAAGAGAAAAAAUGCAAAAAUCUUACGAAUUACGGAAACUGUCGCUUGAGCGUGAAGAGCAGAUAAUGCAACUCAAACUUGAUAUGCAAGCCAAAAAGGAGUUAAAUGAAGAUCGAAAACGCAAAAAAGAGCUACGAAAGAAAAUUCAUAACGAUUUGAUAAAUUCAAAACAGCCAACUCUUAAAUUGCCCGACGGAACUUCCAAAAUUAUUCAUUCUCCGCGUUAUGCUACUAAAAAUAAAUUUUUAGAUGAGAAUAUAGACACUGGAUCUGAGUGUGAAUUUUAUGAGGAUGCACACAACUGCUAG